GCACUGUGUCUCCAAAACCUCAGACUGGUAAAAAUGCAAAUUCAGUCACUGUCACACAAUCUCCACCCAUUCUGCCUGCAUAAUAUAUCCUUCACAUCAGCCUUUGCAGUUGCAGACUCAGCCAAGGUCCCAUCAUGACAGUUGUACAAAGCUUCUUCCUCUUGGCUCUCAUUUCAGCUGCUCAGGGUCAGUCCCUCACCUCCUCAGAGCCAGUGGUCAACAGACCUGGAGAGUCAAUCACUCUGUCCUGUAAAGUGGAAGGACUUCCUCUAGCUUGGCUGCACUGGAUUUGUCAGAAAUCAGGGAAAGGACUGGAAUGGAUCGGACGCAUUGAUAGCGGAACUGGUACAAUAUUUGCCCAAAGUCUCCAAGGCCAAUUUUCCAUCACUAAAGAUACUUCCAGAAAUGUUGUGUACUUGGAGGUGAAGAGUCUGAAACCAGAAGAUUCUGCUGUUUAUUACUGCGCACGAGAGCCACAUACUCUGAUGUUUCUGCUACUGACAUUUAACAUGAAGGACUAUAGGACGGGACUGCUGCUUUUAACUAUCUGCUGGGCAGGUGUUGAUGGUCAGACUCUGACAGAAUCUGAUCCAGUGAUUAAAAAGCCUGGAGAAUCCCACAAACUGAUCUGUACAGCCUCUGGAUUCACAUUCAGUGACUACGCUAUGCACUGGGUCAGACAGGCUCCUGGAAAAGGACUGGAGUGGGUUGCAUUCAUCAGUCAACCAAGUGGUAGCACCCAAUACUACUCUCAGUCAGUUCAAGGCCGGUUCACCAUCUCCAGAGACAACAACAGACAGCAGAUGUAUCUGCAGAUGAACAGUCUGAAGACUGAAGAUUCUGCUGUUUAUUAUUGUGCUCGA